AUGUCUAGCAACUACAACAGCAACGCCAACACCUCGGCCGUAUCCAGUGCCGCUGGCUCUUCCCAGGGCAAAAACGAGACACUAUACUCGCCUCUCGCUCAGUGGCUUGCCCAGCCAGCCAAGAACGACCCCUGGUCAGCUCAGGCGGUCAGGAAUACCACGGACCAGGGCAACCAGAGCUUCACGGCUCCGGUGACAGCCCCCGCGCGGGAUGGUGACUGCUGGAGCACGAUGGCCGUCAAAGGGGGCGGCCGUGGGAAGAAGUCAUCGCACACGCAGUGGGCCGUCGAGCCCGACUGCUUGCAGCACUUUGACUUGCAGUUGGCGCUGAGCUGCCACUUCUUGCUCGCGUUGCAGACCUGGAUGCUGCUGCCGGAGCACCUGUACCUGCCCGGGCUGCAGGACUGGUUCGGGGGCGGCUUGUCCCCCUUGUCGUCCCCCUUCUACCUAGCCGCGAGCUCCACGGGCGCCUCCUGCUGGACGGACGUCGCGAAGACGGCUGGGGCCAGGGCGAGGGCGGCGGCGAGGUGGUGA